AUGUCACGCAAGUCAGGAGUUAAACGUAGUGAUGUUGAAAUCGCCAUCAUUUGCGCUCUGCCAACUGAAGCCCGCGCAAUUCAAAAGCUGAUGGAGAACACCUCGAAUGAUACCGUGGGCAAUCCAGAUUACUCUGGAGCUACGAAGACACAGCCCGAUGAGAAUGCAUACACACUAGGAGAAAUGGAUGGGCACCCUGUUGUUCUUGUUCAUAUGCCCAGCGUUGGGAAAAUCUCUGCAACUUUCGCUUCCACGCACCUCAAGCACACCUACACUGCCAUCAAGUUGGCACUUCUUGCAGGAAUCUGUGGAGGAGUACCGAAAAAUGGUGAUGAGGUGAAGAGAAGACUUGGAGAUGUUGUGAUUGGCACCAGUGUAGUUCAAUUUGAUAUGGGUCGACAGUACCCGGACAAAUUUGAGCAGUCGGAGCACAGCCAAGCUUUGCUUGGUAAACCAAGUGUCGAAAUACAAGCAUUUAUCAAGAAACUGGAGUCUUCGAAAGAAGUUCUCCAACAGAGAAUGCAAACGACUAUUACGGAGAACAUUGCAACCGGAUUUCGCUUGGCGGAUGACCUCUAUGAUGCCACGUACUGGCAUAUCCACCGCGACGCCGACUGCUGCAUACAGGACGAGAAGAUUUGCGAUACAGCAAGGCGCUCAACCUGCGAGUCACUUCAUUGCGACGACUUGGAUCGUCGUGAGAAACGAACUGAACUCAAACCCAUUAUCCAUUUCGGACCAGUUGGGUGUGGCGAUACGGUCAUGAAGAGCGGAACUCACAGGGACAAUCUCGCCAAGGGAAGUAAAGUCAUCGCCUUGGAUAUGGAGGGAGCGGGUACAUCUAUGCAUCAGGCGUGUCUUUUCGUCAAAAGCAUUUCUGAUUAUGCGGAUAGCCACAAGAACAAGGAUUGGCAAGAGCAUGCCUCUUUGGCUUCUGCAGCUUGUGUAAAGGCUAUCAUUGGGCAGUGGCACUUAUCAGACAAAUCGGCACUGAAAUCACAGGCUGUGCGAAUCCAGAAUGUCACCGUUAAGGAUAGUGCAAUGGUAUCUAUGGUGGCACAGGAUCCAGUCUUGCAUAAUGCCACAUUCAACCUUGGGCAUGGCUAA